UGCAUGUAAGCUAAUAAACAAAACGUUACAACCGUACAGCUUAAAAACAAUCACUUUUUCCUUAUCACGUUGCUUUUGUAACUUAAAGUGCGUUUAGUUAACUGACGGACAUCAUUAGAUGCAGGCUAGUCUGUAAAAGACAAUAUAUUGCCUUGUUUCUAGGAACUUUUAAAUAUAAAAAUAGUGAAAUUAGCCCAAACCGGUAUUGCUAGCUAGCUGAAUGCGUUGAACAGCGUCCUCUUGUUCUCAUCUUCCCUGUUAAGGAGAUGGAUGGUUAUCCCGGAGUCAUUGGCGGUGAUUCUACAAAACAACAAGAAAGACAUUACUACCUGUUGUCUGAACUGCAAACUUUAGUCAAAGAUUUACCAAGCUCCUUCCAGCAGCGCCUGUCCUACAAUACGUUGAGUGACCUAGCUCUGGCACUCAUAGACGGGACGGUUUAUGAGAUUGUGCAGGGGCUCCUGGAUAUUCAGCAUCUGACGGAGAAAAAUCUAUACAACCAGAGGCAAAAGCUGCACUGUGAACACCAAGCACUCAAACAAGAUCUGACACGAAAACACAAAGACGCUCUGCAGUCAUGCAAGUCUCACAACCUUGCACUUCUCAAAUCAAACCAACAAGCAGAGCUAGAGGCUCUGGACAUUCGUGUGCGAGAGGAACAAAGAAUGAUGGAUAAGAAGAUUGUCGCAGAAAUAGAUCAAAAAGUGAUAGACCAGCAAAACACCCUGGAGAAGGCGGGAGUCCCUGGGUUUUAUAUCACCACUAAUCCUCAGGAGCUGACAAUGCAGAUGAAUCUACUUGAACUGAUCCUCAAGCUUCAACAGAAGGAGUCACAAUCUGGAGUUCAAUGAGAAAGAUGAGAAAGAAGCCUAAUUGUGCCAAAAGAAACAGAUACUGUGUGCUCACUUUCCAGUUAUAGUGAGAUUCACUGUGCUGUGGUCAGCAUUUAACAUUGCUGUCUGUAAGAAGCACCAAGUUCAGAAAGUGUUGAACACCUGUUGUCCUGAAUUUAAUUAUUUUUACCAUUAUGAACCUGUUGGAGAAGGCUGGUUCUUAAGUAUUCAAGUAAAAGGUUUUAACUAGUGAAGGGGAGCUGUAGCAGGUUGUGAAAAGCACUUAAAUGCCAUGUCACGCAUUGUGAAAUUAGGACGUUUUGCUGAGAGUCCUUUUAUGGACAUAAUGAAAUGAACAGAGAUGACUGUACCUGGAAGUAAUGUUGUGACCAAUGAGAUCUCUUCAUAAGUGCCUCUGUAAGAGAGCAGUCAGCAACAUUUGAGGUGAAAAGCAAAGUUUUAUUCCUUUGUGUGUACACAGAGACCAAACUGAGCAGCAGUAGUGUUCUGACACCAAAUAUAAAGGCAAAUUCUGUAACUUUCCACGUUAUUGCUUUCAGCAGUUAUGAAAGAUGUUGUGGAAGGUUGUGUGAAAACCUGUUUAUUUAAAUCAGCCACUGUACACAUAAUUAGCUACUAGUAGCUUCCCAUCACAAUGUUGCUUUCAAAUAUAUAAAGAAGAAAUAAGGUGAAAUGUGUCAUUUCCAGUGUCCUGGCUCUGAUCUGAACUGUAUUUGAGGUUAGGGGUUCAAAUUAGGUAUUGAGCUAACUUCAGUACAUUCACAUUGAUAUUUUUAAAAUGUCAGGAGUGGUUAAUGUUAAUUGUCUGACACAAACAAACAAAUAAAUAGAUAAACAAUAGGGAGUUUAGCUACUGAUAUGAUAUACAGUAUGAACAAAACCAGAAUGGACGAGAGCAUUAUAAAUUUCAGUGUGAUAUUCUACACCACAAAAUUCAUAAAGCAAGUUUCUCAAAAUGCCUGUGGUCUGUAAACAAUUCAACAGAAUUGAGUUCUCUAAGCACUGAUAUAAAUCUUUUAGUGAUGUAUGUGAGUAGCACUGUGUUCCAAAUUGUUUCGCUUGAAGACGGCUACUGCUCAUCACUCCAUGUGGAGCCAGUUGCAGCUUGAUUGGAUAAAAUAAUCAAAAAAUAAAUCUGCAUCUGAACAGAA